AUGAACCUCAAACCUUUCCUUCAUGAACAUCACUUGCUUUAUGAUAAAUAUGAAAAGCAAGAGAGCUGUUGUGAUAAAUGCAAUCAGAAAAUUGAUGGUUGGGCCUUCACUUGUGAAAUAUGCAAGUUUUGGCUACACCAUUCAUGUGCUGUGCAACAGCUGCCUCUUGAAAUUUCACAUCCCCUCCAUUCAAAACACCUUCUUAAACUAGUCACCGAGCAAUUCAGUGAUUCUUUCCAUUUCUUUUGUAAUGGGUGUUCCAGUCUUACUCGUAGCUGCGUAUACCAGUGUGCAGAUUGCAACUUCAACCUUGAUCACAUUUGUGCAUCUUCAGCUACGAUCACAAGUCAUAGAUACAAAGGAAUCUAUCAUUUCUGUCACCGUCGGGAUCAUCUAUUGACACGGUUUAACUAUCGCAAAGUGAGCAAGUAUCACUACAGUUGUUUUUGGUGUGAGAAGCUUUUGUCUGGAAUCUCUUAUGGUUGUUUUGAAUGUCCCCCAUCAGAGUCCUUCGUUCAUGAAAAAUGUUUGAUCAAUAUGCCCACUAUAAUCUCAAAACAUCACUUUCAUCCACCCCACCAGCUUCAGUUAGCAGUCCGAUAUAGGAAGUCGCCCUUUCCAUGCGAUGUCUGUGGUUAUACCACUUGGGAUACUCGUCAAGGAUAUUUUUGUGAAAAGUGCCAACUCCUUGUUCAUUUUAGUUGUGUUAAAUUUAAGCCUGGUCUAAAACAUGAGUUGCAUGAGCAUCAUCUUACCCUUCUUCCAAUGAAACCUGAGUCACCUAAGCUCGAAUUAGAACCAUGUAAGAAGUGUAGGAAGAAGAUUCGUCCCAGCGAAGAUUCUGCACAUGAACUUAUGCUUAUUGAUGUUUUUCUUGAGGAUUAUUCUGAUCAAUAUUACUGCGAUGUUUGCGAAGAAGAAAGAAAGCCACGAGAUCUUGUUUAUUGUUGUAACAAAUGUACAUUUGUUGUUCAUAUUGAAUGCGCUCUCAAUGAGAUUAAAGACGAUGCCAACUCUGACGAUGAGUCGACCUGUAGCUUGGUGGGUGACAAAGAUUCAAUAGGGAAACUAAAGGAGAAAUAUGAAAUAAAUGAAAGAAAUGUAAACAUGUCUACUCAUUUUGAGGUCGAAAUCUCAUAUGAAGCUUAUGCAUGUAGAAGUUGCAGAUACUACAUACACAAAACAUGCAUUAGAUUACCCUCUCAAGUGCUACAUCCUCUUCACCCUCAACAUUCUCUCAAGUUGAUCCCUUGGUAUGCACAAUUUUGGGAUCGUCCUUUCAUAUGCGAAGGAUGUCGAGGUGUAAAUAAAGGGUUUGCUUACGUAUGUUAUGCGUGUGGUUUCAAACUCGAUGUGAAAUGUGCUACUUCCUCACUGGUACCUAGAAAUGAGACUCAAAGGCUAAAGGAUAUCGAAACACAACCCAAGUUGUGUGUUUUCAAUAAACACCAUAAAUUAGUCUACGUUUAUCAUGGGAACAAUUCACUAGGUGGCGGUUGUAGUUUUUGUGGUUUACAUCUUUCAGGUCCGAGCUACAUAUGCUAUGAGUGUGGAUAUUCACUUCAUGAAAGCUGUGUUGGAAUUCCAUGGGAGAUGCAAAUCCAAUUUCAUCCGUUACACCCCCUUCACCCUCUUCUACAUCCAUCACAAUGUUGUCUCGUCUGCAAAGGUUCAUUAAAUAAUGCAAUAAGCUAUAGUUGCAUGCAGUGUGAUCUCUAUCUCCAUGUUCACUGUGCGACAUCCUUGAAACGGGUCAUAAAAUCGAAGUCCCACAUUCAUGACCUGUACUAUUUUGGACCGAAGACUGAGACUAAUCAUUAUAGAUAUACAAAGGUAUGCGGUGAAUGCAAAGGAAUGAUUGCUUGGAUUCCUUUCUGUUUUUGCAUGGAAUGUGAUACCAAGUUACAUAUUGAACGUGUUUUGCCACGUUCACUGAAAUCCAAAUAUCACAUCCAUCCUUUAACUCGUAAAGAUGGUUUUAAAGAAGAUGAUUCAGGAGAAUAUUAUUGUGACAUCUGUGAAGAAGAAAGAGAUGUUACAGAUCAUGUCUAUCAUUGCACAGAGUGUAGAGGACUAUUCGUUGCUCACGUUAGUUGUGCGCUCAUUUCGGAGGAAGAGAUUGCAGCUUCCUCAAAUUCGAGAUUCGACUCAUGCCCACUCGAGCUAAAUCCGAGAGUGAAGUUGACUUUAUAA